GGUUAACGUAAUGCCAUGACCUCGAGGACAUUUCAAACUGUACAAGGCAUGGAAACUAAAAAGUUGCCUGAGCGUUUCUUCAGAAAAAAAGCGGAGGCUUUCAAUAGGAAAGUUAAGCACGCAAAACAAAGAGUUGCUCAAGUGACAACACUGCAUAAUGUAGCACCAGGUUCUAUUGAAAAAGAAGAGGACGAAAAAAUCACGCAAGACGAGAUUUUAAAGGAAGUUGACAUUGGUUCUGCGACUAAACGUUUCGAUAUUAAACUGAAGUAUGGACCAUACGCUCUGGAUUAUUCACGGAAUGGCAGGUUCCUUGCAUUAUGUGGAAAAUCGGGUCAUAUUGCGGCAUUCGACUGGAUGAUAAAAAAGCCCCUGUUUGAAAUCAAUGUCAACAAUGAAUGUAAAGAUGUUAAGUUUCUCCAUCAGGAGACAUUUGUUGCUGUUGCAGAAAAGAACUACGUUACAAUAUAUGAUAAUCAGGGUUUAGAAGUUCAUUGUUUAAAGAAGUUGAAUGGAAUUCUGCGGCUUGAAUUCUUACCUUAUCACUUUCUCCUUGUCUCGUCUGCUAAUAAUGGCUUCUUAUACUACCUAGAUUGUUCCGUUGGCACGGUCGUUGCCUCAAUACCCACAUAUAUGGGUCGCCUUGGUGUAAUGUGUCAGAAUCCCUCUAAUGGAGUAAUUUGUACCGGGCAUAAUGACGGAGUUGUAUCAAUGUGGGUACCUUCAGAAAAAUCCUUUGUAGUCAAGAUGCUUACACACCCAACUGCUAUUACGUCUAUUGCGUGUGAUCGCACUGGCAGCUACUUGGCUACGUGUGGCGUAGACCGAAAACUGAAAAUCUGGGAUUUAAGGUCCACUUAUGACCCUCUUUCCGAAAUACUUUUGCCUGUUUCGGCCACAACGAUCGACUUCAGCCAACGUGGUUUAUUGGCAUUGGGUGCUGCCAACACCGUUCAGGUUUUACGUGACCCUCAUUCUAUUCCCCCAACUAACUCGUCAAAAGUGUUUGAAAAUAUUCUGCCUGAUGUUAAUAAACGUGUACUGUCAAAUGCUUAUCUCUCCCACUACGCCGUGCAUCCAGUUCAUCGUGUACGCUUCUGUCCUUAUGAAGAUGUGCUGGGAAUAGGCAGCUCUGCAGGAUUGUCUUCUAUCCUUUGUCCAGGCAGUGCUGAGCCAAAUUAUGAUGCUCUGGAGGAAAAUCCUUUCGCUAACAAACGAUACAGACAAGAGAGGGAAGUUAGAAGACUUUUAGAUAAGAUUCCAUACACAAUGAUCUCACUGAAAUCAAUUGUCGGAGAGGUUCGCCGGGAGGAUAUCUUGGAGGAGUGGGAGAAGAAGAAGGCGGCAUUAUUAGGUCAAACUCCUAAAGUGGAUGUUCCUGUGAUUAAUAAAAACAAAGGCAAGGGGAGAUCAAAGCCUGGCCGAAUUGAAGCUAAAAAGCAGAAUAUUCGUUUCGAGCGCAAAAUGUUCACAAUCAAAGAGGUUUUAGGUGUACGCGAAGCUGAGGAGAAGUUGAAAAGGAAACAAUCAUCAUCAUCCGCCAAUAAAAAUGAUGCAAGCACAUUAUCUCAACCAAGUGAAGCCUUAGUGACAAAGAAAAAAUUAGCGAAACGGCGUUUGAAAUCUGCUCUUGACGUGUUAAUUCCACCGAAGGAGUUUUAAUUUCUUUUUGUAUUUUUUUGACUAUCUUCAGAGAUUGUAUUUGACAGUGUGAUAUAACGUUCUAAUAAAUAUAUAUCUCUACUGCUGA